AUGCAUGGUAUUCUCGCCAUUGCAGCCGCCCACAAAGCCUAUAUGGUUCCUGCAAGUCGCAAGACAUAUCUGCCAUUGGCCGAUUAUCACCAAACUCUUGGGUCCGAAGGUUACCGUCGGCAACUCCAGAACUUCGAUCCUUCUAAUUGGAUGCCUAUUUUUGGUUUUGCUUCCGUUGUUGUGUUGCACAUGCUCACUCUUUCCAUGCGUUCGGAAAAUGGUGUGCUUGAGAACCCCAUCAACAAUAUCAUAGAGGUAGCUUCCCUGGUAAGAGGCAUCAGAACAACACUAGAGCCGGUGCUGGGCCGCAUAGUCAGGACCGAGUUUGCUCCUGUCGUCUUUGGUAUUUGGCCUCUGAAUCACAAUGAAGAGGCAGAAAGUUAUCCUUCGCUAGAGAACUCAGUCCUGCCUGUAGAUAGUUGGGUAGCUCUCAAGAGACUUCGAGCCUUUCAAGAAUCCGAUAUCCCUGCUAACGGUCUGCAACAUUAUGCGGCGGCCUUGGAUAAAUUGGAAACUUCUGUUAGGCUAUUGGCCGCGGCUGGCGCACACACAGAGGCUGGCGCUGUUCAGUUCUGGCUGUAUGCCAUUGACGACAGUGUGCUGCUCGAUUUUGCCGCACGCAGAUCUCAUGCUCUUCUUCUCUUCGCUUAUUGGCUUGUGCAUUGGGCAGUCCUUGAGAGAAAAUUCUGGUAUCUGAGAGGCUGGUCUCGGCAAAUAAUGAACAAGAUAGAGGAAGCCCUGAUCGGCCGGACAAUGUUCCUCGAGAUGUUGCACUGGCCUAAGCAGAAGGUUGCCGAAUCCCUUGCAUAUACAUGA